AUGGGCCACCAAACGCCAUCUCGAUACGGCACGCCUGGUCCUCCACAAGACAUGUCCUACGAUCACCACUCUCCGUACUCGCACCGCGGAAAUGAAGGCGGGAUGUAUCACCACGCCGGCUAUGACACGAGCGGCGGCACGCUCUACGGUCCCUUGUCAGGAGAACUGGGUCACCAGCCAUACAGUACUCCCGAUACAUCACCACCGACACCGUCUCGCGCAUCAGACGUGUUGACAACUCGCAGCGGCCUCAACAUCCACAAAGGAACUCCGAAUCCUAAGCCGCUCGCUGCUCGCGCUUCCCGUGUCGAGAAGUCGACCCCUCGGAAGAAGAAGGAACGUGCCAAGUCGUCGAAGAAGGUGGAAGGCAUAUCGAAGCCUUUAAGCGAGCUGGCAAUCGAGCAACCCAAUGUCCAUGUGGCUGACAUCGAGGCCUACGUCAAUCGAUCCGUGGAGACGCGCAUGAAGGAGGUCGAGGAGAGCAAGACGCCUGGCAGAAUCAAGCGGCCCAUGAACGCCUUUAUGCUGUAUCGGAAAGCAUACCAGAACCUUGCCAAGAACCUCUGCACGCAGAACAACCAUCAAGUCGUCUCCCAAGUCUGCGGUAGCGGUUGGCCCCUGGAGCCUGAACACGUACGCGAACAAUUCAAUGAAUGGGCCAAGACGGAGCGAGCCAACCAUCAAAAGGCCCAUCCCGGCUACAAGUUCACGCCGUCAAAACCGAGACCCAAGGCGCGAGACGGUGAAGGAGAUUCCGACGAGGGCGAUCUGGAUGAUCUGGAGUGGGGUGCGAGUCGGGCAAGUUCGAGAAGCAGACAACUGAAGAAGCCAGGACACGGCCGGAACGAUGCCCCGGCGUCCAUUUUCCAUGGUUACCCUCAACUCUCGGGCAGCCCGAUGGGCCUAGGAGUUCAGACUCAAUCCAUGUACCAUUACAGCAACCCGGGCAAGCCUAUUCCCGCACCGUACAGCCAGACGAACCUGUCUGGUCAGUACUACCAGCAGAGCGUCCACCAGCGACAGGACGGUACUGGGUUCGUCGAGGACGUUCUCAUCAGGAAGACACCAUCACCUGCAAUGGGCUAUGCUCCGCCGCCAAUGGACGGCCGCUUCGAUGCUUUAGGCCAAUACGGACACAUGCCCCAUCCCGAUGGCCUUGAGCCCAUGAUUGAUCCGGGUCUGAUGGGCCACGGAGGCCACGGGUACGGCGAUCCGUACGGCGACCCGAUGCUUGAGCCGAGAUGGACGAACCCACUUGAGUUCGGCAGCGGAAGACAAGACCUGCUUGACGCCAUUGGCCUCCUGCUGCUGGCUCAUGCAUGCUACUCGGCGCAAGAGCACUCGGCUCUGCAAUCCUUUAGAGCCGCGUCGCCACUAUCCACCUUUGCCGUCCCAGCCACGACCUCGCUUCCGGUCGACAUUACCAUUGAAACGGGCGUCGCAACUGUCGUCAUAGUCCUUGGACUCGUUCUUGGCGCCCCCAAUCUCCGCCCGAUUCAAUGGCGUGUCUGGGCUGGCAAAAUCGAGAGGGAGGGCGAGGCGGGAUUUCUCAACGGCAGCGGCGAGGUCGAGAAGGACUACAUGGGUAAUCCGUUUCGUAUCCUCGAGAGCAGGCCGGGCUUUGUCGAUAUCCGAAAACAGAAGCGCGACUUCGCCAACUGGGCCAAAGGCGACGAGAAGACUAAGCCGACAAUGGCUUCGGCAUAA